CACACACUAAGAAAAUCACUAGAGGAUAUCUUUUCUCGAGAAAGCAGGUGACUCCCAGGACAUGGAUGUGGUUAAAGCCGUCCUCAGGAAAACGUGAAGGAUCUCUUUUCCACAUGACUUAAGGGAGGACAGGAAGUUGAAGAAAAAUGCAUUCCUCUGCAUGGAUGAAUGGACAGUACUACUCCCAAGUUGGACAACCCUCACAAACCUUGCAAGUUACUAGUCAACAACUCCCUAACAGAGAUGGGAAUCUGAGUGCUGGGAGUAACUGGGAUAACUCAUCUCAGUAUAUGCCCAUGAGACCAGAUGUCCCACAGACGCAAAAUGUUCAUAUGACCUCUUGCAAUGGACAGAUGUCACACGGGUCAUAUCCAGCUGCUCCUCAGCAGGCAGUCUCUUCCCAUCAGAUGCCCACUAGAGGGAGGUAUAAUCCCCUUCUAAUGGAUUUACUAUUUAAAAAUGUAUGCAUGCAGUCCUCAACUGCUACUACACAAAGUGGAUCUACGUCCAUGGCAGGGAGGUUGAACUAUGUACCUCGAGUUGCCACUCAGCAAUUUUUUCAUCAGGACUCUCCUCCUGACUCAUCAAACUGGAUUCCACCAAAUACCAGCACGAUGCAAAGAAAUGCCACUUAUCCUAUGCACAGCACACCAUCAAUUUGGAAUCAGCAAGUUCCAAUGAAUGGGAAGUCAGCAGUUAAACAAGAUGCUCGCUUUGAGGCCGGUGGUCUGCAGCAUGAUGGUGUCCAGAAAAGCUUUUGUCAGAAUGCAAACGGGCAAUCAGUUCAACCUCUCAGAACUUACACCACAACAGCUCCCUCACCUCAGCAUGUACAGAUGCCUUGCACUCCAGUUUCAGUGUCUGUCAUCACCCACAGCAAACAUGAUGCUCAUAACAAGAAUCACAGCAGUGGGUACAGACUAAACAGCAAUCAACAUGGAUUCUCAACGCUUGCUGCCCUGCCAAGCCAGAUGUCCAAUCUGAAGUCUCAACACCCUGGGAACAACAACCAUUGCAUACAACCAAAUGUGCCAAGUAGAUGUUUUUUGAACAAGUCUGACAUGUGUCAGAAAACUGAAAACUACAGACGAGAAGCCACCCCCUCUGGUAACUCUGUGUCAAAUCCACAUUCCUCCCAGAAUAAAACCGGCCUUUCUUUUAGUACAAAAACAAAUGGAUGUCCUAUAAAUUCUGCUGCAGGUACAGGACAGCCUAUGCACAACAGGCAGAUGUUUCCAGGAAAUACAGGUGAUGCAUGUAAGCCUUACAAUGCAGGCUCAGACUGUGGUCCUUCACCUAAUAAUAAUACUACAGUCCACCCUGGGAAGAUUUUGCAGUUCAGCCAUAGGCACCAGGUCACAGAGUCUAGUCAAACUGAACAGCCCGUUGCAUUACAUCCCAGCAAAAGUCAUAACUCAAACACCUCCCAAUCUGUAAUGGGCCCCUUUGGACAAGCUGUACCUGAACCCACACAGCACAAUGCAAAUGCUCAACCCAAGGACGGCUCUGCACCAAAGGACCUCUACGUCCCAGUAACUGAUGAUGUAAGUGGGAAUGGAUUUAAGGCACAGAAUGUUGUUUUUGUUGGAGAUAAAUCGUAUAACACAGGCCUAAAGGGAGCUCUGCAAGGAUCUUUGCCAAGCAGUCUGUCACAACUGCAUCAGUUUUAUAAGAGAAUUACUUCACAACAGAAAAAUAAGACCAAGUCAUGUGCAGCCACUAAUGGUGGACUACAUGAAAUGGCAAUCUCAUCAGUCAAGCCAAAUGAGUGCAGCAGUCAUACAACUCCUUUUCUUGCAAGCCAGAAAGCUGUUGCUGUUGUUCAACCAUUGUCACAGAAACAGAAGCAAGCCUCCUCUAAAACAAUCAGUCAUCCUCGCAAACCAACCCCAACAGAUGAAAUAGUUUGUAAUGCUGAGAAUCCCCUUUCCUCAACAGCAUAUUCUAAACACAGUACAUCUGUAUCUGAUUCUUUUAAAGAUGAUUGUAGGGUUCACCCUGAAAUUGCUAAGGAAACAAGAGCUGGUGCGUGUUUGAAUAUGGAUUCAGUGCAGCCUGAAGAUUUGUCCCAGAAUCAUUUAAAUGCAGAUAACGCAGAAUCUAAACUACCAAAUACAAUACAAAGUGAACAGUGUGCCACACUGACUGCUCACCAGUCACAGACCUCUGAAGUGCCUGUUAAUCAACUUAGUGAAAUGAACAAAUGUCAGAGUCCAGAAGAUCCAAAUGUCAAUUUUUUUGACUUGCCCUCAGUUCCCAUAGUCUCAUGGACAAUUGACGGGUUAACCAAGUUGAUUGAGGCCAGUAAAGUUGAGAUGCCCUCUGACCAGGUUAAUCAUAGAGAGAAACUAAAAAAAAUGUUCAUGCAAAACUUGAAAGACGAAUAUCUGCUCAAAGGCAGGUACACACUUUUUCUGGGCAGUGUGAAAAACUACUUACACAAACAUCUGACACCAGAAUCCAUUGUACUGUCUGAAUUGAAAUCACUUUGUUCACGCCAACAAAAAAACAUCUGUGUCCUUCCACAUGACUAUGUUCCUCCCACAAUGCCAUACACGUCAUCAUGGCUGAAUAUCAAUGAUCAGUUAGAUGACAUUGAUAAAGAGUUUGGGUUCCCUCAGUCUUUGACAUGUCCUCAACGCCAACUGGAGAGUGACAGCCAGGCAAAACCAAUUGGGACAGUGAAUGGUAUUCCUGCACAAAUUGGGAGUGAGGAGAAAAAUGAAGCCUUGCUUCAAACAGAGCUUCAGACAGUUGAAUCGGAUAAUGUACAACAACUGCCAGUUGUUGUAGAGACCUUUACACAAGCCCCGUUUUCCAGCACAGAAAUUCCAGAUUCUAGUGACCCGUUUUACAAAUUUGACAUUCAGAUUUUGCCUCAAGAUGAAGCCAGGAUUGUCCAUGAGCUACUGCAAGGGGAAAUCUUAAAAAACAAUAAGACCGACAGUCAGCAAAAGAAAUCCAUGAAUGACUCUGCUCAGGAUGAAUUAUCUGAAGUGAAAGAUGUCAAAUCAAGUGAGGUGACACUAGAGAAUAGGGCAGAGCUCUCCUUAGAACAGUGUUGCUGCAUCACAAAGUGGAUAGAAUUGAUUUCAGGGUCAAACACAGUGAGUAAAUGCCAGUGCAACCAAGACUCAAGUUCUAAAGAUGUUACCAAGAAAAGCAUUGCUGAAGCUGAAGUGGAAAUACAGAAGGAGGACUUUUGUGUAACCCCAUCACAUAGCAAAUUUGACCUAAAGAAUGAGGAAAAUGAUGUAAAAAUCUCAGAUAUUCAGAGCUUGAUAUUUAGCUGGUCUAAGCAAUGUGAUGAAAUCAUCAACCUAACUGAAGAGGAUAAUAUACCUCACUCAUAUAGCAACAUAGAACCAAAGGACAUUUCUGUAAUAAGUGUAGGCAGUAGUCAGUCAAGUAGUUCAGUCAUUAGCUACACACAAAAUGAAAAUCUCUCUUGCAGUGAAAAUGAUAUCAUCCUCUUAUUGUCAGAUAGUGAAGAGGACAGUGGAUGGGCUCAGCUGAACUCUACAGAUAGUAGUCAGUCAAGGACUUCAGUCAUUAAUGAAAAACAAACUGGAAAUCUCUCGAGCAGCGAAAUUGAAAUUGCUAUCCAGAUGUCAGACCUCAAAGAGGACUGUGGGCAAGCUCAGCUAAAACCUACAGGUAGUACUGAGUCAGGCAGUUCACUCAUUAGUGGAGAGGAAAUAAAGAAUCCCUCCAGCAGUGAAAGUGAAAUUAUCCAGACAUCAGACCUUCAGGAUGAUUCUGGACAAGAUUGGCUCAAAUGCACAGACCGAGCAGAGACACCGCUGAAUACUGAACACAAACAAAAGCAUAUUAGUUUUAGGGAUGAGUCUUGUGGGUCAAAGCAGCUGUCACCUGAUAAAAUGGUUGAAGUUAAUUCUUCCUUGGAAAAAGAGAAUCUCCACAGGCCUACCUUUAAAAAAUCAGUCAGUGGCAGUGGUAAACAUGAAAGUCAUGGAAAAAAGCGCAAGAGACUGAAAGAUCCUGAUAGAAUUGUUCCAGUGCUAAAAAAAAAAAGGAAAUAUGAAGACCACGAGGAUCUUGAUAAACAGCCAGCUCUUGAAGGCAUCUCCAAACGUAGAAAGUUUUUUGCUGACCACAAUAACAUGGAACCCACUGCCACAAAUGUCAGGGUUGUAAAACUGGCCCUGUUUGGCUCAUCAUCUCUGCAAAAGCGUUUUUUGGAAUGUCGCAAGGACCAUACGGCAUCUUCAGACAAUUUGUCACAUCAACCAACAAGGCCUCCUGAAAUUCUCACUAUCAAUGUCAUUUCGCCAAAAAGCUCCCCAGAUACUGCCCCUGUGCCAAAAUAUUCAGUCAAGCAAGCAAUUCAUGAAGAAUGGAGGAAGACUUUUCUACCAACAAAAAUCAAACACAGACGCAGGUUUCUUGCACAGGAGCAUGGCUUUGCUCGUUUAUCGAAAGUAGAAAAGGCUGGCAAGACCAACACAGAGGAGCUCUUAGUUUGCUGUGAAAGGUCAUCGACAGGAACUUGGACAGUCAAACGGUCUCUGAGUCUUAGUAGGAGCAGAUCUACUUCAGAUGAUCUCAGAGCAGAAAAGUCAAAAGAUGUGGUUACAGCCAAACGGCCUGCCAAGCAUAGGAGAAGUGCACCUGAAGUGGGGAACGGUGAAGUCGUGCCUCCUCAUGAGAAGAAUGUCUUGAGAUUCAGUGUGCUGCCCAAUACCUUCAACCUCCGAGAUGGAUCUGAUUGUAGAGAUGAAACCACAGAUUCCACAACACAUACGCCUGACUCUGUUGAAGCAAUGGACAAAGGUGGAAAACUAACUCUGAAGAUACCAAAAGGUACAUGGGCCCCACAUCCUGAGAAGAAAUAUUCUCCUUUGCGUCAGUCGAGGAUUAAAAUCCCCAAGACCUUCAGCCUUUUCCGGGAGUUUCAGAAGAAAUAUAAAGAGAAGACACAGCCAUCUGCGGAAAAAUAAAAUAAAUAAAAUGACUGACAGUGUUUUUUUUUUUUUUUUUUUUUUUUGUGAAUCAAAUUGAAGUUGGAAGCUCUUCUUAUUUCCCAUGGAAAUGGUAAUAUUAUUAGACUGUUGCUUAAUUUGUUGCCAACACUAUUUUGUCCUCAUCAUAUCACUUAAGAUAUACCUGCUUUAUGUCUAUGUACUGUGUAUGACUCUGAGUAUAUCUAAUGUGGUAGUUUAUUUACAUUUGCUUUGAUGCAUCUAUUAAUGAGGCCAUUUUGGGCCUGUCAUUUUGGUACAGGGUGGGUAAUGUUAAUAUUUUUUCUUUGUUCAAAUAACCAGAAGGGAACGCAGAUGAGAAUGAAACUGACAACAGUGUGUGCAUUAUACAUGUUGGUUGCAAGUACUGGGAAAAUCAUACUAUCUUUUUUUUAUAUAUUUUUCUAUGUUUUGAAUAAAAAUUGUUUACAUACAACAAGAAAGGUGCAUUAAAUGCUCUUCGCUUUUUUAUAUUCACA